CAUAACUUGUAGCAUUCGGCUUGGGACGAUCAAAACUCAGAAAAGAUUUAUACUGCAACAUCUUCUCAAGUAUCUUCUUGUCGGGUCUCAUCAGAUCUUAUGUUCUUGUUCCUCUCCCCCCUCCACCUGUUUCUCUCCUAUAAGUAUCAGACUCCGACAUUUGCCCUUUUUUUAUCUCCUUGGUUCCCCAAAAUUUGCCCCCCCCCCAAAAAAAAAAGAGAGCAGUGCUUCAGUUCCGUACCACAGCUUCUGACAUAUUCUCUGUACGAACAUUUCCUCACGUGUCAAUACACCGCCGCCAUAUCAGAAUAUGAGAACAAGACGCGGGAAACGCCCUGAGCUGUUCUGGCCGUCGAUUGUGAUGAAGAAAUGGCUGAACGUUAAGCCAAAAUUUCAUGACUUUAGCGAAGACGAAGUCGAUACGGAGACGGAGAGCGAGGAUGAUGCAUGCUCAGUCAAAGAUGCCUCUAACAGUCGCUGCGCCGUUGACGAUGACGGCCGUGGCGUCAGAGUUCAAGAACUCGAUCGGAAUAGUCAAAUUACAGACGGUGGCUCGAGAGGAUACCAGCCGAGGCACCGGCGAGGCAAGUCGGAGACCUUGCGCGUUCAGUACAUAAACACAAAGGACAUCAGGGUGACGGUGGCGACAUGGAACGUCGCCGGAAAACUGCCCUCCGACGAUCUCGACAUCGAACACUGGCUUUGUGCGGACGAACCUUCUGAUAUUUACAUCAUUGGAUUCCAGGAAGUGGUUCCGUUGAAUGCCGGAAACGUACUGGGAGCAGAGGAUCGAGGUCCGAUCCCGAAAUGGGAAUCAAUCAUUCGUAGAACUCUGAACAAAUCCCACCAAGAGUCCCAACUCCAAUCUCCCUGCAACAAAAACAUUCUCCACAGAUCUCAGAGCGCACCUCUAACUCCUGAUCUGAUACCGACAAAUUCCGUGAUCGCUGAUGCCAUCGUCGAGAAUCUCGUCGCCGAUCGUUCGCUCGACCUCGCCACUGAUGAGUUCAUUGAUACCGCCCCCGCAGUGAUCAGCCUCGAACCUGCAGAAAAUCCGAAUCUGGAUUGGCCGGAACGACCACUGGAUGAGAAUCCUCAGAUCAUUUUGCCGGGGACUAAGCUCCGAAGAGUCUGGAGCAGUAACGCGAGGUUAGGGUUCUCUCUGUCGGAGAAUUUGGCGGCGGGUAGGUUUGCUUCCAACGCAAGGAACAUGAAACAUUCUCGGAGCUUUGAAACCCUCCGAUUGAGCUGGAGGGAUAUGAAAAAAGAGAAUGAUACGGCCGAGAAAGAACAAAGCCAAGAAGCUUUUUCAGAUGAUUCGGAUGGAGAAUCUACCUCGAGACCAGACGACCAGACAGAGGAUACGUACGGAUUGUCCGAAUCUCCGUUCCAUGAGUGUACGGGCAGAACCGCCGCCGAAAAACAUCAAAAGUACGUACGGAUAGUAAGCAAGCAGAUGGUGGGGAUAUACGUAUCGGUAUGGGUCCGACGGAGACUGAGGAGACACAUAAACAAUCUAAGAGUCUCACCUGUCGGAAUCGGUUUAAUGGGUUACAUGGGAAACAAGGGAUCGGUAUCGAUCAGCAUGUCGUUGUACCAGUCGCGGAUGUGCUUCGUCUGUUCGCACCUGACAUCUGGUCAGAAAGAUGGAGCCGAGCAGCGGCGAAACGCAGACGUAUACGAGAUCAUACGCCGAACCCGCUUCGCCUCUGUUCUUGACACCGAUCAACCAAGAACAAUUCCAUGCCACGACCAAAUAUUCUGGUUUGGCGAUUUGAACUAUCGUCUUAACAUGUCGGACUCGGAGGUUAGGAAACUCGCUUCUCAGCAACGAUGGAAUGAACUCAUCAACAGUGAUCAGCUUAUUAGAGAAUUACGCACGGGGCAUGUUUUCGAUGGAUGGAAAGAGGGUCAGAUCAAAUUCCCGCCCACGUAUAAGUACGAAUUCGAGUCCGAUCGUUACGCCGAUAGAGAAGGGGAGAAGAGGAGAGCUCCUGCGUGGUGUGAUAGAGUAUUGUGGUUAGGGAAAAACAUAAAACAGAUAUGUUACAGGAGAUCGGAGAUGAGAUUAUCAGACCAUCGACCGGUAACUUCGGUAUUUGGGGUGGAAGUUGAAGUUUUCGAUCACCGGAAACUUAAAAGGGCUCUCAACUUCAACAACGCUGCCGCCGCCGCCGUACAUCCUGAGCCUCGUUUAGGGUUUAGGGUUUAGUUAUAACGAUUUUUAUUUUUCUAAAAUGAAGAAUCUUUUGUUUUCUUUCGAAACUUUAUAUUUCGAGGUAAAUCUAACAAAACAUUAAACUGUAACAAAAAAGAGAGGGAAAAACACUGUAUCAUUGUUUUUGCUAUAUGGGUUCUCUUAGUUUUUUUUCGUUGGAGGUUUUAUUCUGUU